AGACUGUGAGGAGCCCUUCAGUGUGGCACGUACAUAGUGUUGAAUACGGUCUCUGUCACUAAUUUGAUGGAGCAUGCUUCCUUGCCUAAGGAGUAGAGUCGUGGAUUGUCACGCCGGAGACCUGGGUUCGAUUCCUGUCGAGGCGCUCAAUGUCUCAUGUCGCUAGUUCGAGUCCAGCGCGGGCACAUUACUCCUUCAUCUACGGAUUUGGUGUCGUUGACCACUCCAGAAUAAUCCCCGCUGACCUGACAACCAAAGCCUAUCUUCAUAUUGAUUAGAGUUACCUCCCCUCUACCAAGUUGGCGUUUGGCGGGAAUACAAAUCAAGAUAUAAACAAACAGACGUGGUGAAGAUAGAAAUGCUACGACAAAGCCUAAAUGAAGUACAGCAUGAAAGAAGCUGCCUAGAGAACAAGCUUCAUGAACAGCGAGCCAAGAGAAGAGGAUUGGAGCAGGAACUGGAAAAAACCAAGGUCAAAUUAGCACAAAUGAAAGAUCUACACACUAAAAGGACAGAAAUUUCAAAGGUUCUCCAUCAUAAAGUUGGCCAGUUCCAGACAUUAGCUAACAGUAUUGAAGAAGAAAAUCAAACUAGACGAAAAACCAUUGCGGAGAAAAAUGGACAAAUAGCAUCUCUGAAGGAGAAUCAGUUAGAGGAGAUAAAAACAUUUGAAGAAAACUUGGCAGUCAUUGCAGACAAACUGGUUGCUGCUAGAAAAUUCUAUGAUGAUGGCAAUCUAAGCCAGGAAAUAUCAGCAAUUGAGGAAAGAAAACUGCAAAUGGAAAGUAAAGCUGCAGAUUUCUAUCAAGAAAUGAUGGCACUGCAAUCAAGUUUUGAGGAAAUAAAACUUGAAGCAAAAACUCAGGAAGAUCACUUCAAUGACAGCGGGAUUGACAUGGAUACAAAGAAAACAAUCAAGUCACUGUUCCAAGUUGAACAUGAGCUAGCCUCCUCAGCACUACAGAAGGCUGAAGUAGACCUACAGGAAGACAAGGAAUCGCUUGAUAAACUCAAAGUGUAAUUUUACUGUAAAACAUGAAAAACUAUUGACCGAAAUAUUCCGAACAAUAUCUAUUAUUAUUUAUUUAAAAACUAUUUAAAUGUGUGAUCAAAUUUACCAUAGUCAAAUUUCACAACUUGUAAUAUUAAAGAUAUUUGUAACAGGAAGAAUUGUUAAGUGGAUGAUUUCUCACUGUAUAUAUAACAAAGGAAAAGCUAUUACAUAUUAAUCACUGAAGUAUUUGUUGUUUUGUUAAACUUGCAUUUAAUUUGUUGUUUCCAAUAAAUGAGUUAUUGAUGAAUUUUUAUUGCACAAGCUUUUUUAUGGCAUCA